UGUUGCAUUUAUCCGUGACAUCUUAAAGGCCGGUCUGUGAAAAUAUUGUCUGACAUUAAACAGGACCGUGGUGCAAAAAAGGUUGGGGACCGCUGACUUAGAGUACUAAUCAGGUGGAACCAGAUAAUCAUCCCCGGCACACCUGAUCAUUGUUCGGCGCACAUUGGUUGGGAAACACUUGUACAGUGCAUAUAUUCUGAGUCAAGUAAUUCUCUAAUUGAAAUUACUGAAAAAAAUCGGGCUAGUGAUUAAGCAGACAUGUGACUUUUAUUUUGUGUGUGCGGACAAAUCAGUUCUUUCUAAUAAUAAAGUAAAACAAAAAACAAAAACAAACAGUACAGAACUAAACUAACAUUUUGCCAAAGUUGCAGUGGUGCGCCUAACUUUUUUUCUUAGGUGCACCAGCACAAAAGUUGGGUGCACCCAAAUUUUUCAACCUUAUCGCUUAACACUUCAGCUUUACAAGUUCCCUUUUUAAAAAAUAAAAAAUGCUGUCCAUACAGACUAUAUUGAUUUGUAAAUGAUUAACUAACAGUCUUGUCAACACAAAGUUCUUUAUUUGGACCACAUUUCUACAAGAUAAGCUACCGUAUUUUUUGGACCGUAAGGCGCAUUAAGCAAAACAAAACAGUCAGACUUUACUCAACAAACUUUACUCAACUCAUUCUUCUUCCUUCCUCCAUUUCCGUACCAUUGACUCAUUAAUGUUGAAUUCUCUCACAGGUGCUCUAUUCCCAUGUUCUACUGUGUGACAGAGUUUGAAAUCCGCUUUGUAAUCAUGUCUUUUAACUGGUGUCGUUUUGGGGUCGUUAUACACACACAAUACGGUAAUAUAAUGCUGAAACAGAGUACGUAUUACUCUGCGAGGCUCCUGUAAUGCUCCAACAAUCCAUCAAGCGGUGCGGCUUUGUAGCUUACCAAAGUCAUACUAAAACAUUUUUUUGACAGAUCUUUGAGCGCGAUGUACCACAUUAAAUCAUUUUGUGGUCAGUAAGCACAACCAGAAUUCAUACAUAAGGCACACUUUUGAGAAAAUGAAAGGAUUUUAAGUGGCCUUAUAGUCCAAAAAACACGGUACUGAAAACGUUCUUGUGCUUCACUGAGCUGAAAUUUAACCUUAAAAAAUCUCAAGAUAUAUGAAAUUAAAAGAAAGUGUAAAUUAAAAAUGCCUCAAAGGCUUCGAAGUGAACAUCUCAAUAUCUGAACAUCUUACCUUGGGCAUGGGCAUCUGAAAGGUUCUGCCCUUGACUAUCCCUGAUUGGUUUAGACCACGAUUUGGGCAUAAUGUUGUCUGUUAUUGACCACAUUGAGACUUUUUUUUUUUUACUUGAACAGCUGGUCAAUUUUUUAUUUUUAUUUUUAUUUUUAAAGUCGCACCAUUGAGAAAUGAGGUUGCAUAUGUGACCAAAUUGGUCGCACUCUAGAGCACUCACCUUCUUUCCUUAAUGGUAAUGUGACGGACACAAAUCAUUCUCAUGCCACAUGCAGCUGAACAAAAGUAUAUUUGACGACACUCAAAAAAAAAAACAAGCUGUUGAAUGAACGUAAUUUAACCAUGCCACCAUAUUCAUUCAGUUAUGCAGCUUUAAUUCAUUAACCUUUCCAAAAACCUGGCUUUAGUAAAUCCAAUAAAAUGUAUGUUCAUUUACUCUGCAUCAAUCAAAUACCUUAGAGCAACAUAAUGUUGCUUUGUUAUAUCAGCUGUUAUGUACUUUGUGUAAUAAGUGGUACUCUUCUGGUAUGAAAUGAUACACAGAAGCUUUUACGGUAACACUUUAUAAUAAGUGCACACUAUUAAGCAUUAGUUAAUCAUCUGUUAAGCAUUAGUUAAUGGCUACUUAAUUAUCUCUACAGCAUCUACAAAGUAUUUCUCAUAAUCAGUUAAUAGUUUACAAGCACUGCUUUAAACACUUUAUUCAUGAUUAAUAAGCUAAUGUACAACACUUUUUAUUAAUUAUGUUUUCAUGUUCUAAAACUCAUUGAUUAAUCAUUUAUAAACACUACUCUGCAUCAGUUACAAACCAGUCAUUUCAGGAUGUUCAAUGGUAUACAAAAUCAUUGGUGAAAGGUAAGUAGAUGGUUAACAUAAUCUAUAUAAUACUAUAAACUCUACAUGUACUACACAAAGUAGUUUCAUACUAGAUGUUUUAUAAACACUGAAUAUCAGGGUUACAUCAGCCAGCUGCUAUAUCUUAACAGAUGUCUUACAAUACAUUUAUAACUGUCACUUAAAGGCUGCCAAAGCUGUAACUCACUAUCGACCAACUUCUUUUUCGAUAGAUUAUUGAGGUAUUUAUGAGUAUUUAUAGAUAAACUUAUUUAGGAAGUUACAAACCAUUUGCACGAGGGAUUUCACUGGACUGUUAUUGUUUCACUCUGUAAAUAAAUUCACUGUCUCAUUGCAAGGAGAUCUGCGCUCGAGUCCGCUUUUUCCACACACCACGAUAUUAAACUGCACUGCCCAAAUGUUUCAUUUGAGGACAUAGAACAUUGUUACUGCUAAAUGAGUGAGAACUGUGCAUGUUUAACAUGUGUACAGAGGUUUAGUUUGCAAGCUAAACUUUGACCCUUUGUAGAUUUCAACAUGUCCAGUGUCCAUCAUGUUAUCAAAGUGUCAAGCUGGUCCAAACAGGUCAUCAUAAUUGUGUUAAUACUUAGCGGCGAAGAAGGGAAGAAAAUGUGAAGGGUCAACACCAAAUGCAAAACAUGACGGGCCUGGAUACCUUUAACAAAAACAGACGGCCAUUGGCUGUGGGCUCCAGAAAGAGAGAGAGAACGAUGGAGCAGUCCCCAGGUAGCAUGAUGGAGAUCUGCAGUUUUCAAGAUGAAUGAAAUCAACAUGCGGUGUUGUGUAAGAGCUCAGAGGCUCCAUUUCCUGCAGAAACACAUGUUGUUCAGAUCAGCGCUCAGACUAGUUUCACUUCUACAGAACAGAAACUCACACAGUCACUGACACUGAGAGGAGAAAUGGCGCAGAAAGGAGUUCAGCUGGACCGAGAAACCAUCUCUUGUUCCAUCUGUUUGGAUCUACUGAAGGAUCCAGUGACUACAGCCUGUGGACACAGCUACUGCAUGAACUGUAUUCAAACCCACUUUAAUGAAGAGGACAGGAAGGGAAUCCACAGCUGCCCUCAGUGCAGGAAGACUUUCACACCGAGGCCUGUCCUGGAGAAAAACAUCAUGUUAGCAGCUUUAGUGGAGCAGCUGAAGAAGACUGGACUCCAAGCUGCUCCAGCUGAUCACUGCUAUGCUGGACCUGAAGAUGUGGCCUGUGAUGUCUGCACUGGGAGGAACCUGAAAGCCAUCAAGUCCUGUUUAUCUUGUCCAGCUUCUUACUGUGAGAAACACCUCCAACCUCACUAUGAUGCAGCUCCAUUAAAGAAACACAAGCUGGUGGCCCCCUUCAAGAAGCUCCAGGAGAACAUCUGCUCUCGUCAUGAUGAAGUGAUGAAGAUUUUCUGUCGUACUGAUCAGCAGAGUAUCUGUCAUCUCUGCACAACGGAUGGACAUAAAGGCCAUGAAACAGUCCCAGCUGCAGCAGAAAGGACUGAGAAGGAGAAGAAGCUGAAGGUGAGACGACUAAACAUCCAGCAGAGAAUCCAGGAGCGAGAGAAAGAUGUGAAGCUGCUUCAACAGGAGGUGGAGGCCAUCAAUGGCUCUGCUGAUAAAGCAGUGGAGGACAGUGAGAAGAUGUUCACUGAGCUGAUCCGUCUCAUCCAGAAAAGAAGCUCUGAUGUGAAGCAGCAGGUCAGAUCCCAGCAGGAAACUGAAGUGAGUCGAGUCAAAGAGCUUCAGGAGAAGCUGGAGCAGGAGAUCGCUGAGCUGAAGAGGAAAGACGGCGAGCUGGAGCAGCUCUCACACACAGAGGAUCACAACCAGUUUCUACACAACUACCCCUCACUGUCAGCACUCAGUGAGUCUACACACUCAUCCAGCAUCAAUAUUCGUCCUCUGAGGUACUUUGAGGAUGUGACAGCAGCUGUGUCAGAGACCAGAGAUAAACUCAGAGAUAAACUACAGGACAUUCUGAGAGAGGAAUGGACAAACAUCUCACUGACAGUCACUGAAGUGGAUGUUUUACUGUCACCACCAGAGCCAAAGACCAGAGCUGGAUUCUUAAAAUAUUCACAUGAAAUCACACUGGAUCCAAACACAGCACACACACAUCUGUUAUUAUCUGAGGGAAACAGAAAAGUGACAAGAACAGAACAACAGUCUUAUUCUGAUCAUCCAGACAGAUUCAUUGGAUGGGAAGAGGUCCUGAGUAGAGAGAGUCUGACUGGACGUUGUUACUGGGAGGUGGAGUGGGGAGGGGGAGGGGGAGGAGUCUAUGUAGCAGUCGCAUACAAGAAUAUCAGCAGAGCAACAUGGUCACAUGAUUGUUUAUUUGGACAUAACUGGAAAUCUUGGUCACUAAGUUGUUCAACAAACAGUUAUCUAUUUUUGCAUAACAAAGUCAUAACUGACCUCUCAGGUCCUCGGUCCUCCAGAGUAGGAGUGUACCUGGAUCACAGAGCAGGUAUUCUGUCUUUCUACAGCGUCAAUAAAACCAUGACUCUCCUCCACAGAGUUCAGACCACAUUCAGUCAGCCGCUCUAUGCUGGAGUUUGGUUAAUUUCCUCUGCAGCCACUGCAGAGUUUCUGAAACUGAAAUAGAGAGAAGUCAUUGAAGGAUAGUUUGUUAAACCGUUUUUUAUUUUCCAAUUUUUAUCCAUCACCGAUUUUCACUCUGAUAAAUGCAGCUUAUUCUUGUUGGAAAAUAGAUUUUAUACUUAUAAUGGUGUUGAUUUAUUGUUGCUUCUAUUCAUGACAACAUAUUAAUGAUUCAAAGAGCCUGCAGUAUAAUAUAGCAAACUUGCUGUGUCACUGAAACAUAUGAAUUGGCCUAAUGUUACUCUUACAGUACAAGUAGGGAGUCUGCAAUUGUGUAACUAUGUUGUGUUUUUUAUUUCUUUACUUUAUUUGUACUAUUAAUCCUGUUCUGAUGAAAAAAUAAAUAAAAAAGGGAAGUAAAUGGA